AAUAUAGAUAGCAAACAUGGGUAAGGGUACUCCAUCUUUAGGUAAGCGUCACAACAAGUCCCACACUUUGUGUAACAGAUGUGGCCGUCGUUCUUUCCACGUCCAAAAGAAGACUUGUUCUUCUUGUGGAUACCCAGCUGCCAAGUUAAGAUCCCACAACUGGGCUUUGAAGGCUAAGAGAAGAAGAACCACUGGUACCGGUAGAAUGGCUUACUUGAAGCACGUUUCUAGAAGAUUCAAGAACGGUUUCCAAACCGGUGUCGCCAAGCCUCAAUCCGCUUAAAUUAAACGCUAUCCAAGGAACCAAACCAUCCAAUAAUUUCAUAAAGCAAACAAUAGGGGUUGUUUUACAUUUCACAUAAUUUUUUGGUUGUUGUGUUAAUAUAGUAUUUAAUUUUCGUUUAUAUUGAAGUUUUUACGCAAUUCAAAUAAAUCAUUGUAUCAUAAG